GUCGAGCUCGGCCUCUUCUUCGGCGGGUUUUCACGGCGCAGAUCUGUGUUUUUGGGGAUUCAGAGCUCUCCUUUUCUCUUUUCUUGACAACAAAACCCUAAUUUUGUCUCUGUUGUUAUCAUCUAUAUCGGCUGAGCAUCAGAUCGUGUUACGGUACGCAUUUUGGUGAAAGGAAUCGGAGAUCAAUAAAACAUUUCGACGAUUUGAGCUGAUGGUUACUGAGUGUCGAUCUUAGAAACAUCCGAUUUCAAUUCUCUUCUCUAUUCCUUUCAAUAUGUCUAACGAUGAAGAAAAAGGAAACCCAAGUGAGAUUCACAAGUAUAAUUCAGGAGGCAACAAGGUCGAGGUACAGGAACCUUGGUAUAGUGGUUUACUUCACCAUGCCUCAAUCUAUGGAGUAGCUGCAGGUUACUGCAUUUCGGCCUCGCUGCUUUCGAUCAUCAACAAAUGGGCGGUCAUGAAAUUUCCUUACCCUGGAGCAUUGACUGCUCUUCAGUAUUUCACUAGUGCAGCUGGGGUUUUCCUCUGUGGGCAGACGAAUUUGAUCGAGCAUGAUUCUCUGAAUCUUUCGACGAUGUGGCGGUUUCUUCCGGCAGCCAUCAUAUUUUACUUGUCUCUCUUCACUAACAGCGAGCUUCUCCUUCACGCCAAUGUGGACACGUUUAUCGUAUUUCGUUCUGCUGUUCCUAUAUUCGUCGCGAUUGGUGAGACGCUUUUCUUGCAUCAGCCAUGGCCGUCUCUUAAGACAUGGGGUUCUCUCGCUACGAUAUUUGGAGGAAGUGUGCUUUAUGUUUUGACAGAUUACCAGUUUACUGUUGCAGCGUAUAGCUGGGCUCUGGCCUAUCUGGUAAGCAUGACCAUAGAUUUUGUUUACAUCAAGCAUGUGGUUAUGACAAUUGGUCUGAACACUUGGGGUCUUGUGCUCUACAAUAAUCUGGAGGCCUUGCUCUUGUUCCCCCUCGAGUUGCUUAUAAUGGGAGAGCUGAAGAAAAUAAAGCAUGAAAUCACUGACGAGACUGACUGGUACUCUUUCCAAGUGGUUUUGCCUGUGGGGUUAUCCUGUGUAUUUGGCCUGGCCAUCUCUUUCUUCGGGUUUUCAUGCCGUCGGGCCAUUUCUGCAACGGGUUUCACUGUUCUCGGCAUCGUGAACAAGCUAUUAACAGUUGUGAUCAACUUGGUCAUCUGGGAUAAGCAUUCCACCUUCGUCGGAACCAUGGGACUUCUGAUUUGUAUGUUUGGUGGAGUCAUGUAUCAGCAGUCUACGAGCAAGAAACCGAAAGCUGUUCAAGAAGCUGAACCACAAGAGCGAGAUGAGGAACAAGAAAAACUGCUCGAGAUGCAGGAGAACAAGGAAAGUGACAGCAUCGAGAAGGCAGCCUCCGGAUCAGAGGAUAAACAAUGAUCAUUUACAACAAGAUUUCCCCAAGCUGGUCCGAUCUUGUAUCCAGUGUAUGGAAAAACUUUUUCUUGAGGCAUCCGAUCCCCGAACGCAUAGAUUCUUGAAACGAGCAGAUGGAUCUUCAUCCAUCAUCGCCUUGAAUUAUCAAGAAAGGUUGGGAGAUGUGGCAGAUGGAGCGGAUAAUCGCAAAGAACGUGAAAUUCUUCCUUUCAGGUACGUUUUAGUUCGACAGGAGAUCAAAUAGAGUAUUAGUUUAGUGAUCAUGGAUGCCAAGUAUAUUUGUUUCUUUCUUGUUUCAAUGUGUUUGGGAAUUUCUUGGUGUGAAAUUCAAACAAGAUCUUCUUUUUAAUGAUGAGAGUAUCUUUAUAGGAGUAAAAUCUGAUAUGAUGAUGGGUCGUUAGA